CGGGGCCUGAGGAGCGCAGCCGGAAGAGGUCGGUGGGGACGGCGGAAGGCGUCCGGGUCCCUGUUUCCUUGGUCCUGCAGCACUAGAGACCCUCAGCCAUGGGCGAGCGCAAGGGCACCAACAAGUAUUACCCUCCCGACUUCGACCCAGCCAAGCAUGGCUCCCUCAACAAGUACCACCACAGCCACCCGCUGCGGGAGCGUGCCCGCAAGCUGGCCCAGGGCAUCCUCAUCAUCAGGUUCGAGAUGCCUUACAACAUCUGGUGCGAGGGCUGCAAGAACCACAUCGGGAUGGGGGUCCGCUACAACGCCGAGAAGAAGAAGGUUGGCUCCUACUACACGACGCCCAUCUACAGGUUCCGGAUGAAGUGCCACCUGUGCGUCAACUACAUCGAGCUGCAGACCGACCCCGCGGGCUGCGACUACGUCAUCGUCAGCGGCGCCCGGCGCAAGGAGGAGCGCUGGGACAUGGGUGACAACCAGCAGCUGCUGCCCACGGAGCGAGAGGCGAAGGAGAAGCUGGAGACCGAUGCCAUGUUCCGGCUGGAGCACGGCGUGGCCGACCGGGCGGCCCUGCAGCGGGCAGUGCCCACCUUGGCCACCCUGCAGCAGGCACAGAGCGCCUGGAAGGAUGACUUUGGCCUCAACAGUCGCCUGAGGAGGCGCUUCAGGGAGGAGAAGAAGAUCCUUCGUGAGGAGGAGGAGGAGGCAGCAGCCCUGCAGGCCAGGGCCGGGCUCAGCAUCCCCCUGCUGCCCGAGGCCGAGGCCGACCGGCGCCUGGCAGCGCUGCUCAAGUACCACAGCCCCGACUCCUACGAGGAGAAGCAGAGGAUGAAGAGGACAGAGAUCUCCUCCCGCUCCUGGUUCCCCUCCGCCACCCCCAGCAAGGCUGGGGAGACCCUCCGGAAAUUGGGGCUGGGGGCUCGGGGGCUCUGGGGGGGCGGUUGGACCCCCUAG